AUGCCGAUUCGUCGUUUAAUUCCAAACCAAAGACUUUCUCGAGAAUCACUUAAUGAUUAUUUUGUGAACGGUGAACGCGUAUACAAAUUAGACAGUAUUAUUGAUCAGAUCGAAGGACGUUUUGUGCAUUUAUCGUUAACACCUAAUGCUUUACUACUGCUUUGGAAAUAUUGCAAGGGAAACGAAGUAAUUAAUUUGGAAUCCUGUUAUAUUGAUGAUAUUAUCGAUGUAUUUUUUGGUUGCUGCGCUGAAAAUUCACGACGUAAAAGAAUUGAUCAAAAAGUAACCAAAAUAUAUUAUAUAAAAUAA